ACGACUCGUGAAUCGCUCUUGUUCAUUGUCCCGCGUGCACGCCUCGCACACACGAGCGUGCGUCGGCUCGCGGUCCUACGCUGUAGUCGGGACCACCACAUACAUCGGCCAGCCACCGGCACCGCCCUCUCCUCCGCCAUUCUCGUCUUCAAACACUGUGUCAUCCCCAAGUCUCCCCUCGGCCCUUGAUGAGCGAAUCUUGACUGAGCUACGCCGGCGCGCACCAUCAGUACCUGGGAAAAGCGACGCGGGUACUCAGGUGCAGCUACCACAGCUCGUUGAGCAAUACCUCGACCGCAGUGGCCUCGUGCUCGACGCAUCGUUACCCUAUGAGUCGCGUCCUGGAGCUGACAGGCGACUGAACUUCGGCGGAGAUGAUGAAGCUGCACGCCGUGCGAUUGCAAUGAUCGUGCAUGCCGUCCAGCAGGGGACGGAGCACAAGAUCACGUACUGCUCGGGCUUCGCUCUGAGCGCGCCUGGGUCGACUGAUGGGCAAUCCGUCUUUGUGACAUGCGCGCAUACCCUGGAGGAGAUUCGGUAUAGCCCCGUUCUGCGGCCGUCCUCGUCUCCUCCGUCCAGCGCGGGGACCCUUGGUCCCUCAGGGUCUUUCAUUGUGUCUGGGACGCCCCCGUUCCCCACAUUUAGUCCGGUCGCUUCUGUUCUAUCUGCCCUCCACCGGUCGGACUUGCUUCUCCUAUCCACACCCGCGCUUGCACCGCCAGUGCCCACUCUUCCUGUCUCACCAUACCCGGCGCAGCCCGGUGCAGCGAUUCGCGCCCAUUUUGUCACAGACAAGCUCCCUGUGCACGGUAAGGACGCCGAGGGUUGGCAGCCCUGGCUUGGCGGGACGUGGAGUAAGUGGGUGAGGGGGACAGUGAUGGGAUAUAAAGACCUGGCAGGCAGAGAGGCCAAGCCUGGGACAUAUGAUGCCCUCUCUCACCUGCUCUUCGACCCUCCACCUACUCCGGGAUCGAGCGGUGGUCCUAUCAUUGACGAGGAGAGCGGCGCCGUCGUUGGUGUAAUGCUCGGUACGCAGAUGCAGAGCAGCCUCGAGGGCGUGCGUGGAUGGGGCGUGCCAUCUGAGAUCAUCUUUGAGAUGUUCAGUCUCCCUGGAUUGAAGCUGAAGAAACAAUCCUGAGGCUUAUACCCUUCUGUAUCUAUAAUAAUCCAACAUAUAGUCCAACGUGUAGAGGAACGCUUCCGGUUUGGAUCACGCUUGUUUCAAUAGUCCUUCGUAGAUUAAAUUAUAUAUCUUUCCG